UCCAGGCUUAGUUGAACCGUAACGAUGGAGUCCAAACUACAACUCGUUCUCCAUGCGGUGCCCCACCGACCGCCGGCUAUUGCGGCGACGGGAUUCCUUUCACUUCUCCUCGUGUUCUGCGCCUCCUCCGGCCGGUUAGGCGGUUACUCAGCUCCCCCACUACCCUCUUUUUCCCGUCUCAUAAGUCGGUUCUUUUCCUUCACCUCCGCGGCUUUCACUUCCGCCCUAAUCCGACACCGCUGCUGCAGGCUCGGCGCAACACAACGGCCAAUGGAGGGCGGCGGCGAUUGGAAGAUCCUGAAGCAGGAGUUCACCUUCCCUGCGGGUGCCGCCCCUUUCAACAGCUGCCACGCUUCCACUAUCGUACAGGUCGACAAGGACAGCUUCCUGGUGGCCUACUUUGGUGGAUCGUACGAGGGUGCGCCCGAUGUGAAGAUCUGGCUGCAGAGAUACAGUGAAGGUUGCUGGGAGCCGCCAUUGAUAGCGGACGAGCAACCCCAAGUGCCGAUGUGGAAUCCUGUCUUGUUUCAGCUGCCCUCCCGUGAACUGUUGCUCUUCUACAAAAUUGGGCAGGAAGUCCAAAAAUGGAGCGGCUCCAUGAAGCGGUCAGUCGACGGCGGACUAACUUGGUCUAAGCGAGAACAACUCCCACCGGGGAUUCUCGGCCCAUCCAAGAACAAGCCAAUCUUGCUGGAAGAUGGUCGCCUUCUCUGUGGAUCAUCGGUGGAGAGUUGGAAUUCUUGGGGAGCAUGGAUGGAGGUCACAGAAGAUGCCGGUAGAUCAUGGAAGAAGUAUGGGCCUAUCUAUAUCGAAGGAGAAACGCUCAGUGUGAUUCAACCAGUGCCUUACGAGACUGCCAAAGGCACCCUCCGGCUGCUGCUGAGAUCCUUUGAGGGUAUUAACGUGGUUUGCAUGUCGGAGUCUGUCGAUGGAGGGCUGACUUGGAGCCACGCUUAUCCUACUCAUCUGCCUAAUCCAAAUUCAGGCAUUGACGGAGUGAAGCUGAGGGAUGGAAGAUUUGUUCUAGUAUACAACACUGUAUCAAGGGGUGUCCUCAAAGUCACCUCAUCGUUGGAUGAUGGUGAUUCCUGGGAUGAGAUUCUGACACUGGAGGAAGAUUUGGACAUGGAGUUUUCCUAUCCAGCAGUCAUACAGGCAAUGGACGGCUUAGUACAUGUCACAUACACCUACAACAGGACACAGAUUAAGCAUAUUGUACUCGAACCUGGUGAUGUUGUGAGGAGGCCAUGAGGGGUCUUAAGUAUUUACAGAGUACCAUUGUCAACUGCGAGUUUACUGGUUUUACCCUGUGAAACAGGAUUACUGGUUGUGUCUGCUAUAUCAGCCGAUCGCACAAUCUUCUGCAUGUAAAUGUAAUUUGUUCCUUCUUUUUUUUUCGUGUUUCUUUUAGGUUCAGAUUGUAAUUUUGAAGUUUGGUAAAUUCAAUAAUUGGAAGCAGUUGUUCAAUAAAACUUAAUGCUUUUUCAAGAAAAA